GAAGCGUCUCUUUAGGGAGUGGCGCUGACGUAAGACCCGCAAUAACACUACCAGAGAACAGCACAAACAAGGAAGUGAAACCGAACAAACGCGAAACUUUGCCGUGGAUAAUCAGGUGCUAUAGAAAAGGCCCGCAUUUAACGUCUGACCUUAAUAUCGUGAAUUUUCACUGACCAUUACAGGACAAUGAACAGCAAAGCUCCCUAUCCACAGCAAGCUGCAUAUCCCCAGCAAGCCACCGGGGCUGCGUACCCCCCGCAAUUGCAGGUGUCCCCUCAAGUUCCGUCUUACUCUGAUGCACCCCCUCCCUAUUCUGAGAUCUACCAGCCCAGGUACAUGCACCCACCCCAGGCUCCAGGCCAGCUGCCUCAGAUGUCCUCCGCCUACCCCGGCACGCAGAUGUUCAUGCCCCUGCCGCAGUCGGUGCCGGUGGGGCCGGUGGGCCCCAACGUGCCCAUGGCGUACUACCCCAUGGGGCCCAUGUACCCCCCGGGCUCCACGGUGCUGAUAGAGGGCGGCUUUGACGCUGGAGCCCGUUUUGGACCGGGCAGCGCCGCCAGCAUCCCCCCCCCGCCACCCGGCCACCUCCCCAACGCGGCGCAGCUGGCGGCCAUGCAGGGCGCCAACGUGAUGAUGUCGCAGCGCAAGAACAACUUCUUCAUGGGCGGCUCCAGCGGCGGGUACACCAUCUGGUAACGGCGAACAUCGCACCGGCAAACCCCCACCCCCCACCACCCCCCGAAUCUCCACUCCCCUCCCACUGCGGACACCCCGGCUCCACCCCAUCUCCUGCGGCCUGUCAGUCGUCGCGCCGCAGUACUGACAUCGCCUAACAGAAUGUAACGUUUUAGCGGCCAGUGUGCGAAGGUACAGUAAGCCAACUCAGCUGGAGGGAAACGAGCGCUGCCUAGCAACAACACCCCCCCCUCCUCCCCUCCUGAGGUGGUGCGUUGGGUAUGCCACAAAUAUCUGUACAACGGGGAAUUUGACCGUUUUAUAUAUUCUCUUUUUCCACAGUAUCGCAUUAAGGCCAAAUUUUUGGGAAGCAGUUUAAAAUAAAUAAGUAAACAAGCACUUGUCAUUGCCACUGAAAUGUUACUAAUAACAUUUUUUCCUCCUGUGAGCUUUUUUGAUACAUCUUCCUUGCACUGUGUGGGUCCAAAAUCUUUCCGGUCACAGGGUAACAUUAAAACUACCCUGCGUGGAAGAACAGCGGGCCGAGAGCCGGCUCACGUCAGAACAAAGCCCGUUGUUGGACGGGUGUCUCAUAUCAGACUUCACCAGAAGAGUCUUCUUCACCGCAAGAACCUGAGCCGAAUCCAGCUUUCCCUUUUCCACAAGGGACCCGACAAAAUAGUGCUUUGGCCUUAAUGCGAAGAUGUAGAAACAGUACUAACCACCAGGGGGCGGAAACAAGAGAGAUGUUUGGGGUUUCAUCUCAGUCCUGGAAAUACAGAGGAAGAAUUGUACAGAUAUUUUUGUGCAGAUUGAAAACGUAGGCAAGAAAGAAAUCAAGCGUUAAACGCUUGACGAAAUCAUUCGGUUCCGCUCUGGUUUACUGUACCUUUCUGGGCUCCUUUUAGAGGAAGAUUAUCGGGUGCUAAAGUUUUGUGCGCACCUAUGAUUUAAAAAAAUAAAUAAAUAAAAAUCCAGAAUUAUAUUAAAGUGCAGGUGAGAGUUCUGACUCGGAUAAGAAGGGUUGGUUGGCGUCUUUUUAUGUUGUCGGAUACCCAGAGUCUUGCAGAUGAGAGUUAUGUCUCAUAGUUUCUGAACAUUCUUUUUUUGUUGAAGCUUCCGUUUAGUCGCCUAGGGCAUAUCUUCCGAAAAUGUAAAAGGAUGUACAGCUCUUCAUUUCUGUCAUUGCCAAAAAGCAAAAUUAAUACACAACAUUUAUUUAGAAAAAUAAAUAAAUCUGAUUCCAGCAGGAGAAAAGCGGACAAGGGCCAUUUUCAGUUCCAUAUACAAACCUAUUUGUGGCACAUCAAGCUUGUUAACUGUUUACAACACAUGACAUAGAAGUAUAGCCGCAGAUCUGGUUAUACCAAAGAACAGAAUGGGCUUAACUAGUCCCGUUUUCAUGAAAUUAGUCUGUCAUGCCGGCAAACCCUCUCCUCCGCUGAGCCAAUAGAUUUUUGCAGAGAAAUGUAUUAAACGUGCAUUUGGAGUAUAAUUGCUUUUUGAUUAUGUUGUAUGCUUUUUUGCACAUUUUUAUCCAAUAAAAAUUUUGAAUUAAGUUGUAA